AAUUCCAACCUCAAGCAAGGAACCAGUUCGCCAAGGCAUCACUCACGGUGGCCACAUCACCGCCACCCGCCAUGUGUAGAUAACUCGGAAGUCUCUCAAUCUCAUCUCUGGUGUCUUUCACAUCCCUCUGCAUCUUUGCAUCAGCACAGAACUUCGAUAAUGACGGUUCCGCUUUCGCCGAUCCUGCGGACGGCCGUCUGGGUCGUGGCGGCUCCGCUGGGCCUCUACUUCACUUUCCUGGCCCUAGGCGCAACACCUUUCUUCCAACGACACUUUCUGUACGCUCACAAGAUCAACACCCUCUGGUGGCGUGACGUUGACAAGCCUGAGAGAUGGGGCUUUGCAAAGGGCCAAGCCACGCCUUUUUCGCUCGACACUCCAGAUGGAGUGAGCUUGUAUGCAUGGCAUGUUAUGCCUCUGCCUCAGUAUCUGAAGCAGGAGGAGAGAUUCUCAGUGCAGAAGGGUGGCUUCUGCCAAGAUUUCACCGAAACCGAGUCUUUCAAGGCUUUGAAAGAGGAUCCGGAUGCUCGGGUUGUACUUUCAUGUAAGUCAUUGAGCCAUAGGCCGGACAGCUACCAUGUCAUUACUGAUACUUCAUCAUACCAUGUCCUGGCAAUCGAUUACCGUGGCUUUGGUCACUCGACAGGUCGCCCAACCGAAUACGGCCUGAUCCAAGAUGCCGCCACUCUGAUCGACUGGGUUAUCAAUGUUGCCGGCGUGCCCUCGGACCGCAUCGUUCUUCUUGGUCAGAGUCUCGGCACAGCCGUGACUAGCGGUGUUGCCGAGCUCUACGCCUCACAAGGAAUCGAAUUUGGCGGUGUCAUUCUCGUCGCGGGCUUCAGCAACUUGCCUAAGAUGCUGAGCGGCUACAAGAUUGGCGGCUUGUUUCCCGUGCUGGGACCUUUGAAGGUCUGGCCAGGCUUCUUGGAGUACAUGGAGGGCUUCAUCUACGAUAAGUGGCCGUCGGUCGAUAGGCUGGAGAGCCUGGUCAAGCUGACGAAGAGACGUCUGCGCUUGACGCUCAUCUCGGCCAAGGACGAUGCGGAUAUUCCCUGGACGGAGAGCAACAAGCUUUUCCGCGCGGCUGCGAAUGCGACUGUCCCUGAGGGGCUGAGUGACCAUUCAUUCGAGGCGUGGAAGGACGUGCGUACUAUUCACAAGGGCAAGAACGCCUUUGUGACUACAUGGAACGCUGAGCCAAACAUCAUAAUUCGCCAGGAGCUUUUCCCACACGGUGGACACAACGACAUCAUGGGAUAUGCGCCUGUAAUUCUUGCAGUGAUGCGUUCCUUCGACCUCGCAGGCACGGCUUAUGACAUGGCAGGAUCGGAUACUAGCAGUAGAACGUUAUAA